AAAUCUUGACGUAGACUUCAUUCGCAAAAAUCCCUGGAGCGCCGCAAACAGUACAUUUCUGUUGUAUACAGUUUCGCAGAACCCAUGGCGGGCGACUUUACUCUCAAGAAGAAGUUGUUAAAGCAACUUGGACGUAGAAGAGGGAAUUCAGCGAAGUCGAAGACGCGAGAUGGCUCAUCUACUUAUGAUCCCGUCUCAGCACAUUCGUCACAAGACUCCUCCGACUCUUAUAGCCACGUCGAUCCAUCAAUCACAACAGUCUCUCCCACCCCACCGUCGACAACCCAUGGUUCAAUGCCUUUUCCUAACGCGACGCCUACUUCCCUCUCAGACAUAGUGUCACGUAGUUCCCCAAACAAAUCGGUAGAGGAGGCUCUGGCAGAUAUAUCCCAGAGAGCAAAAGGCGACCAACAGACACACAAAGCAGAAGCAGCUACAGACCAUGCUAAGAUCAUUCAAGGUCAAUCAAAGUUUGUCCAAGAGACAAACCGGCUUAUUCUUGAUCGUAAGAGUUUGGUUUGUUUACAGGAUCUCCGGGCAUCCGAUCCUCGCGAUGAUAAACGCCGAAUCGAGGCUGCAGAAGACGGUCUAGUCAAAGAAGCAUAUAGUUGGAUCCUCGAACACUCCCAUUUCCGGCAAUGGCGCAACGAGCAGAAUCGAAUGCUUUGGAUUAAGGGUGAUCCUGGCACGGGCAAGACGAUGGCUAUUUGCGGUCUCAUCAACGAAUUAGAACCAUCGAUGAGAUUGGGCAACCCAAGCGCCGACACACUGCUCUCCUACUUCUUCUGCCAGGCAAUCGACGUUCGUUUGAACAACGGUGCUGCCAUGCUACGCAAUCUGAUCUACCUACUCAUUAUUCAACGCCCAUCGCUCAUCCGGCAUGUACGUGAAAAGUACGAUCAUAUCGGCAGGGCGCUCUUUGAAGAGUCAGAUCCCUGGGACCACUUAUCAGCCAUCUUCAUAAAUAUUUUGCGAGACCUGAGGGGAACAACCACCUACCUGAUCAUCGACGCCCUUGAUGAAUGCACUGACUUGGAACGUCUCAUUGGUUUGAUCUUGGGAUUUCUCCCUGAGUACUCGCAUGUCAAAUGGCUCGUAUCCAGCCGGGAAACCCACAUCAUCAAGCGAUUCCUGAGGUCCAACGACUUUCAAAUGGGGCUGAGUAUCGACUUAAAGGAGUCUGUGUCUGCAAUUGACGAUAUUGGCACAUAUAUUGACGAAAGGGUGUCCCAACUCAAGUUCUUACAAGACAACCAUGCCCUCCAGGAACUUAUCCGGCAUACUCUCCGCCAGAAGUCCAAUGGGAGUUUUCUCUGGGUAUCCCUAGUCAUCCUGCAACUGCAAACAAUUGAAUCUGGGGAUGUUGAGGCAGUGACCAGUGCCGUAAUAACAGACCUAGAGGGGAUUUAUGCUCAAAUGUUAGACCAAAUCCACAAGCUUUACGAAAGAAAGUAUUGUCUGCUCGUGCUUGCGGCAGCUACUCUUACAUAUCGUCCGCUGCAUCUUCUGGAGCUGGCCGUUGUAUCAGGACUACCUUCAGUCAAUACAGAAAGAGUCGGGGAAUUUGUCAAGAUGUGCGGCUCGUUCCUUACUUUACGAGACGAUCAUGUCUACAUGAUCCACGCAUCGGCCAGGGACUAUCUAUACCAAAAUUACAGCUCGCUUCAGCUAGCUGGGGUUGCGCAAAGACAUGUUGACAUUACUAGGCACUCCUUCUCCACGAUAGCAACGCUGGAGAAAAACAUCUACAGCAUUGACUUCGGCUUCAGACCAGAAUACCUAGAUUCACAACCGGUUCAUCCAGAUCCGUUGACUCCAGUGCGGUACUCUUGCAUAUUCUGGGCCGACCAUAUCUGUCAAAAUAUUAAUGAUCCAGAGUGCAAAGAAGCGCUGACGGACGACGGAGUGGUGCUUCGCUUUCUAAAAACACAGUUCCUUCGCUGGCUUGAGUGUCUGUCAUUAUCGAGGAGCUUGUCAGCGGGGAUAAAAUCGAUUAGAAAGCUUCAGCAGGUAGUAUCGCAUCAAAUGAAUAGUCAUGAGCUCACUGCCUUCCUGGCAGACGCUGAGAAAUUUAUCAUUAGCUAUGGAUCAAUCAUAGAACGCGCUCCUUUACAGACAUAUGGCGCUGCACUCGUGUUCUGUCCGAAAACAAGUAUUAUCCAGAAAGAGCAAUGGAGGGAAAGGUUAUCAUUCAUCAAAACAGUUGAAGGUGUCAGAGACCACUGGGGCGCGCUCCGGCAGACUCUCGAGGGGCAUAGCAGUUAUGUUAAUGCCGUUGCCGUGUCACCGGAUGGUAAGACAAUAGCCUCGGCUUCAAACGACCGUACGAUACGGCUCUGGGAUGCAACUCUCGGCACGUUCAAGCAGAAGCUUGAAGGGCAUGGUGAGUGGAUCAGAGAUAUUGCCUUCUCGCCAAACGGCCAGACGAUAGCCUCGGCUUCAAAUGACCACACGGUACAACUCUGGGAUAUUAUUACAGGCGCAUCCCAGCAGAAGCUUGAAGGCCAUAGCGAGUGGGUGAGAGCUGUUAUCUUCUCGCCGGACGGUAACACAAUAGCUUCGGCCUCGAAUGACCGCACAAUACGUCUUUGGGAUGCAGCUACAGGCUUGUUUCGGCAGAAGCUCGAGGGUCACAGUGGAUGGGUUUAUGCAGUUGCUUUCUCGCUAGACAGUAUAACGCUGGCCUCAGUCUCGUUUGACCACACGGUCAGGGUCUGGGAUACAGGUAGAGGCGUACUUCAACAGACACUCAAGGGACAUAGGGGUCCAACUAGAGCAGUCGGAUUUUCACCAGAUGGUAAGACGUUGGCCUCAGCCUCGGAUGACCGUACAAUACGGCUCUGGGAUAUAGCUACGGGUGUGCUUCAGCAAACGUGUGAGGGACAUAGAGAUUGGGUCAGAGGUAUUGCUUUUUCACCAGAUGGCCAGACACUAGCCUCCGCCUCGAACGACGGCACGGUGCAGCUUUGGAAUACCGCCACAGGCACGCCCCGGCAAGCAUUAGAGGGGCAUAGCGAUUAUGUCAAUGCCAUUGCUUUCUCCCCUGAUGGUCAGACGCUGGUCUCUGCCUCAGACGACUACACGGUGCGGCUCUGGGAUACAGCUAUAGGCUCACAGAAAACGCCAAAGGGACAUAGCGAUAAUAUCCACUUUGUUACCUUCUCGUUAGAUGGAAGAACGCUAGCUUCGGUCUCAGACGACGGUACAGUUCUGCUCUGGGAUGCAGCUGCAGGUACACUUCAGCAAACACUAAAACACAGCAGUUAUGUUACCGUCAUUGCUUUUUCACCUAACAGCAAAUUAUUAGCUAUAGCCUCAGAUGACUGUAUAGUAUGGCUUUGGGACAUAAUUACGGGUACAUUUAAACAAGCGCUUAAAGGACAUAGCAGUUGUAUUAAUGCUAUAGCUUUUUCGCAAGAUGGGGAAACGUUAGCCUCGGCCUCACACGAUUGCACAGUACGGCUCUGGGAUACAGCUACAAAUACAGCUACAAAUACACUUCAAAAAACGCUUAAAGGACACACUGAGGCUGUCGGGGCUAUUUCGUUCUCACCCAAUCGCAAAACGUUAGCCUCGGCCUCGGUUGACCGUACGGUGCGGCUCUGGGAUAUGACCACAGGCAUGCUUCAGCAGACUUUUCAAGUACAGAGCAUUUCAGCUUGGGUCACAGCCAUUGCUUUCUCACCCAACGGGAAGAUGCUAGCCUUGUCCUCAACAGACCACACAGUGCAGCUCUUAGAUGCCGUUACGGGAGCGCUCCAGCAGACCCUCGAGACUAAUCAACUCCUCACGAAACUGGCAUUCUCGAACGAUGGUCAGUAUCUGAACACGGACUAUGGCAUACUUGGAUUUGCAGAAACCGCUUUACACGAGAAGUCUCCUGGCAAGGAUGCUCCUGAUUAUGCAUUAUCCGUCGAGAAAGAGUGGGUGACUCUUGGCGGGAGGAAUCUUCUUUGGCUCCCUCACGAGCACAGGCCUGCUUGUGCAGCUAUAUCUGGUCAAACUGUUGUCCUAGGUCAUCGUCCUGGCGGGGUUACACUAUUGCAAUUCAAUUUUACGGAUCUAGAUCGUUAUUGACUCUUUUUUUCUUUCCUAGCAGACGCGUCGGAGAGAAGCAUUCCAUUUCUUUAUAUUACCCCAGAUUUACUACUGGAAGUAAUCUAUC